GCACAUUUUCUAUAAAAAUUUCAAGAAUUGGAGUAAUAUCUCGUUCUUAUUGCUUUCUCACAGCCUGGGGAAAAAGUUGAGAGUAAAAAAAAAAAAAAAAUGGCCGAAACCACGGUACGUUUCGGAAUCUUGGGCUGCGCUAACAUAGCACGCAAGGUAUCGAAGGCCAUUACGCUCGCGCCCAACGCCACCAUCUGGGCCAUCGGUAGCCGUUCGAUCGAAAAAGCCUCGAGAUACGCUGCCGAGAACGGCUUCCCGGCGUCGGCUAAAUUGUACGGCAGCUACGAGGCCGUGCUGGAUGACCCAGAGGUGGACGCUGUGUACGUGCCACUCCCGACCAGCCUGCACGUGCGCUGGGCAGUCUUGGCCGCCGAGAAGAAGAAGCACGUGCUGCUGGAGAAGCCGGUGGCUUUGCACGUGACGGAGCUGGACACGAUCCUUGAGGCAUGCGAAUCCAACGGUGUGCAGUUCAUGGACGCCACCAUGUGGAUGCAUCAUCCUCGGACGGCUAAGAUGACAGAAUUUAUCUCAGAUAAGCUCCAUUUCGGAAAACUCAAAUCGUUACACACCUCCUUCACAUACGAUGCUGGCGCAGACUUUCUCAAAAAUGACAUUCGCGUGAAGCCUGAUCUCGAUGCUUAUGGAGCUCUUGGUGAUGCUGGAUGGUACUGCAUCAGGGCAAGUCUUUGGGCUGCAGACUAUGACCUGCCCAAAACAGUAACAGCUUUGCGCGAACCGGACUUCAACGAAGCAGGGGUGAUUCUAUCAUGCGGAGCUUCUCUUUGGUGGGAGGACGGGAGAAUAGCAACCUUCUAUUGCUCUUUCCUUACCAAUUUUAGCAUGGACCUAACUGCUCUCGGAACAAAGGGUUAUUUGCGUGUUCAUGACUUUGCUGGUCCUUUUCAAGAGAAUGUUGGGACAUUUUUCAUAGCUUCGAAUUCCAAGUUUGGGGAACGCGCUCUAGGCUGUGAACCGAUACCGGGUGAGCACAUUGUCACGACCGAUCUUCCUCAGGAAGCUCUCAUGGUGACAGAAUUUGCUACUCUGGUUAAUGGUAUUAAGAGUAAUGGCUUGAAGCCGGAGAAGAAGUGGCCAACCCUCAGUAGAAAGACACAAUUGGUUCUUGAUGCAGUCAAGGGAUCGAUCGCCAAGGGUUUCGAGCCCGUUGAGAUUGUGAAUUAAUUAAUUGGAGAUAAUUGUGUGAUCACGUACUUGUUUUGCAGGCUGCAGUUUUUAUACUACUAUUACAUUAUUGAUACUGUAGUGCUUGUACCAUGGUUUUGGACUUUGAAUGGUUUGCUCAAAAUAAAUGAACCUGUGCUUUUCGGGUUUGAUGAA